AUGCUGCUGCCGCGUCGCUGGUCGCAGGAGUGGAGCUUGUUGGUUUCGGAGCCCUUCCAGAGCGCGUUGAAGCUAUGGAGCAGGCCGACGAAGUUGCCGUUCCACUCUCCAGUUGGUACAGCAUCUCUCGAUGUGUCACUGGAGCUGCUUCGUGAAAGCGACAUGCUUUAG